GUUACUCCUCUCACCGAAUCCCCCAAGGAAAAUCAGGAAGAAGAAAAAACCAGAAGAGGUAUCCAUAUUAGGCAUUAUUUGGAGGUUUUAUAUAAAGUAAAGGGGGUCCAGGAGCCCUUAAUAUCCCUGAAAGGCGUGUGACUCACUAUUAUCUGGUGAGUUUAUGUUUAUUUAUUUACUGGUGGAUGGUAUCAAAAGCACGGAAGAAUCCAAUGAAAAUUACAAUAUAAUUACAAUUUAAUUAAUUUUGUCACGGGACUGUUACUUUGGGAUUUUUUUGUCACUGGACUUAUUAAUUUAAAAAUUAUUUAUUUAUUUAUUUAUUUA